CACUUGUAUCGUGUUGAUCUGGCAUAACUUCAGUGCAGCGUGUGAUCUGCCACUAUCAGUCUGAGCGUGUAGCUGUUGCAUUUACUAUCACAUAUUUGCCAAAGUAAAGUUCAGUUCUAGUAGUAGCCAGUAGUACUAGCUGUUAGCACCGGAUUAGCCUGGCUAACAAUGUCAACUUGCAUUAGGUAUUUGCUUUACACUUUCUUGGCUAUCUUAACUAAUGUUGAUUUACCAGCCGCGUUCUUUACAAUUCAAGCGUGUGAUUGGGACUAAUGGAGACAACGGGAGUUUGUGAGAUUGGUGUGGACUCUAGAAGAAUAGUGGGAGGCAGUGAAUCUCCACCCAACCUGGACAGCCCAUGUCAGGAGGACAUUGCAGAGUUUGGUUUGGGGUCGUGCUGCAUUGAGGAGAGAGGGGAAACUCCAGGCAGAGAGGACAGUCCCGGCCACUUGGGGGAGGCAGAGCUUGACCCCAGAGGAGACCCCAAGACUAAGGCUGAAACUGGAGAGGACAAGGCUUUUGGGAAGGAGGUUGUUCUCUUGAUGCAGGCCCUGAACUCCCUGGCCACUCCUGAAGAGAAACUGGCUGCUUUGUGCAAGAAAUAUGCAGACCUGCUGGAAGAGAGCCGCUGCAUGCAGAAGCGACUGAAAGCUCUGCAGAAAAAGCAGUCUCAGAUUGUGAAGGAGAAGAUCCACCUGCAGGGCGAGCACAGCAAGGCCAUCCUGGCCCGCAGCAAGCUGGAGAGCCUCUGUAGGGAGCUACAGAGACACAACAAGACGCUGAAGGAGGAGAAUGCCCAGCGGUCAAGGGAGUACGACGAGCAGCGGAAGGAGGCCAUGGUACACUUCCAGAUGACCAUGAAUGAUAUUGAGAUGCAGAUGGAGCAGCACAGCUCCCGCAACACCAAGCUGAGGCAGGAGAACAUGGAACUGGCCGAUAAGCUCAAAAAGCUCAUUGAGCAAUAUGAGCUCAGAGAGGAGCACAUAGACACGGUGUUCAAGCACAAGGAGCUGCAGCAGCAGCUGAUGGACGCCAAGCUGCAGAGAAUCACAGAGAUGAUGAAAGAAGUCGAGGAGAAGCAGCAGAGAGAGAGAGAGUUUCUGCUGAAGGAUGCCACAGAGUCCAGACGCAAGUGUGAACUGAUGAAGGAGCAGGAAACACAGCUCAAACAGCAGCUCUCCCUGUACAUGGACAAGUUCGAAGAGUUUCAGAGCACUUUGGCUAAAAGCAACGAGGUCUUCACCACUUUCAGACAAGAGAUGGAGAAGAUGACCAAGAAGAUCAAGAAGCUGGAGAAGGAAACAACACAGUGGAGAACCAAAUGGGAGAGUAACAACCAGGCCCUGCUGCAGAUGGCUGAAGAGAAAACCCUGCGUGAUGGCCACUUCAAGGCCCUACAGGGGAAGCUGGAGCUGCUGGAGAGGCUGUGCAGGGCACUGCAGAAGGAGAGGAACGACCUCAACAACCAGCUCAGUCUCCUCCAUGAGCAGGGAGACGGAGAGACUGCAGCACCUCCUGACGACCAACCACCGGAAUCUUCAGCUGGGGAGGAAGACGAGGAGCAAGGGAAGGAAGAAGUCGGGGGCUCAGCAAAGGGCAGUGGACAGGAGACGGAGGACAUCCACCAAGCUCCCAGACCACCUGAACUGGACCCCACAUCGGCUGCUACUGACAGAAGCACUACUGCCACGAUGCCAGCCAGCCAGCCUGCAGGAACACCGAUCACACAGCAGGACUGAGUGAAGCUGCACGGCCUGUGUGAAGGUGAGAAGGGUGUGUUAGCCGGGCUCCACACACCUCCGCCCUAGUUCCAGAACUAGCCAGACUAUCUUCAGUGGAGAGAGUUUAUUUCUUUUUUUAAGUCUCUACACAGAAACUGCGCCUAUAUCUUUUCUUGUGAUAGUUUAAGAAUAGAAUGUAUCAGACAUUGCAGAUUUUCCCACGUUUACAUUGGUUGUAAUAAUUGGUGGUGGUGAGCACUUGAUACUUCGUUUUCUACCACAAGUGUAUUUUCUUAGGAAACUUCCAUUCAGUCAAAUUGGCCUUUUAUUUCUCUCCUUACAUGGCCCCUAUAGUGUCACGUGUCUCAGUGGAAAUUAUAGUUUGAUGGAAAAUGUGAGCAACGCAUGCAUUUUGUUGCAAGUCGGUUUUAAUUAAUGCAGCCUUACAGUCAUAAUGGGAUCUGAGAACCUGGAAGAAGAAAAGAGACGUAGCAUUGAGCAGUUUGGCCCCAGCCUAUUCAUUAUUUUUAAUCAUAUCUUGCUUUGCCAUGGAUAAGUGUAGUUUUUAUUAUUCUCGACCUGACAGGAAAGUGUCAGCAGAACGAAUCUGCACGUCCUUGUAACACAGGUGGUGCUGGGUCGAAGCUUGGGUACAGAGUGGCUGCUCGUGGGACAGCUGGUGAGAUGUUGCCAGUUAGCAAGCUAGCAUGUUGUUUCAAAAUGGGGAUGAUGGCAUCUCUCCCUCAAGAUGUUCAGUGUUGCAUUCAGUUGAAAAAGUGAUGUAGCUGGUAACAAAUGUAAAAAGCGAGCUGGAGAGACCCUGGAACAGCUGACUAAUGCGCUGCACGGUAGCUGUGACUGUCAGCUUCAAAAAGCUAUAGACAUGGUCAGACACCGGUAUGGACGACAUUCCUUCUGGAAAGUAGUUUAGGAUGCGUCUGUUGGUUCAGAUUAACUCAAAUAAAUACCCUGAGACAGCCCUACUGCCUACUCUGGUUGCUAAUUGGACAAAGAUUAUUCAAAACAUAUAUCAUGGACUCCACCUAGCUUCUUUAGCAGAGCAGCUUAUAAAAUUAAUAUGAUGGGUUCCUUCAUCUUUGGACUGGUUCUGUUUUGCUUUUAUAAUUCCUCAUCACUUUGACCAAAACCAUCCUAAAAAAUGGACGCCUCUUUCUUCAGAGUUGAUCUUAGGCAGCAGGUAACUUAUAGCUCUGCCAGCUCACCACAAGAUUUCCCUCAGCCUGCCUGUUAGACAUCUGCAACCUAGAGUAGAAGCUCUAACGGGAGACUACAACCACUAAUUGUAGCCAGAGGAGCCUAGGUUGACCCACUGACUGCUGGGUACUUGCUCCCAAAUAGUCUACAUGUUCUCUUUUUGCUUUUCUGAGUCAUGGAGCUGACUAAUGUGGUAGAAGAACUAAAUGCAAAUGACAGAGUUUUAGUCACGCUUAAGUUGAUGGUGAAUCACCAGACUUGAGUCCUGGGAUGGUUGCAGUUUUCUCUGACGCUCCAUUGUCUUUAAAUUUCUAAGCCUUGAGAUCAUUGUCAAUCAAAACUCGUUUUUGUUGCUCUGCUCUGACUGGAAUAUUCCCAGCACCAACCGAUCAGUGGACCUGCGUUCUGUCAUUUGGAAUGAUAGGAAAAUAAUGGCCUAUCAUAGUAUUACAAAGAGUUUUUUUUUUUGAUUAGACUGGGGACCCUGGGUGACAUGUUACUGCAAUAUUAUGACUUUACUCUCAGAAUAUUAUAUUUCAGUCUUGAAUGAUACAGCCAAGACAUUUAACAUCUUAUUGCUCACUAGUUUUCCCUUUCAGAGACAACUAAAAUGAUGAUGCUUGGUGAAUGUCCAUGUGCUAAAUGUGUCAUGUCACUUGAUUAAAAUCUGCAUCUGCGCUAUCAAGCUUUUGUUUUUCAUGGACUAUGUAAUUUGAUUUCCAUGUGGUCAGCCCACCAGAUGAAAGCCACGUCAGGAUUUCUCCACUGAGAAAUUUAUGUAAAUUAUUUUUGACAGAUGACAAACAUUUGAUUACAUUGGAAUGGGCUUUGUCAUCUUUGAAAAUUUAUACUGAAAUAGUUGAAUGUGAUUCACUUUUCUAAUGUAUUUGAAUAAACAGAUUUCAAUCA